AUGAAGCCCUUCGGCAAGCGCUACUUGGGCUUGCGCGGCCUCCAGCUCAACAUCGCGAUUGGUGUCAUUGCAGGGAUUGAUUUCUUGCUAUUCGGCUAUGACCAAGGUGUUAUGGGAGGGCUGUUGACGCUCCCGGCCUUUACGUCUGUUUUUCCGGAGAUCGAUACCACCAAGCAAGGCUUGCAGGGCCUGACUCAGAGUCAAGCCAACCACAAGUCCACCAUUCAAGGGAUUUCCAUUGCUUGCUACAAUCUCGGGUGUUUUUGCGGCGCCAUUGCUUGCAUCUGGAUCGGUGACAUCCUCGGACGACGCAAAACCAUCUUCCUCGGCUCCUCGAUCAUGGUUGUCGGUGCCACCCUACAAGCCAGUGCCUUCAGCCUGCCACAUUUGAUUGUUGGACGGAUCAUCACUGGAAUGGGAAACGGUCUCAACACUUCCACAGUCCCGACUUGGCAAUCUGAAUGUUCAAAGUCGCAUCGACGGGGACAGCUCGUCAUGGUUGAAGGAGCACUCAUCACAGGGGGGAUAAUGAUCUCAUAUUGGUUGGACCUAGGCUCCUCGUUCAUUCAAAAUCAGGCGUCGUGGCGCUUCCCCAUCGCCUUUCAGAUCGUCUUUUGCCUCAUCAUCCUCUGCUUCAUCCUCGAGCUUCCCGAAUCUCCAAGAUGGCUCAUCCUUAAAGGAAGAGAGGAUGAGGCUCUCCAAGUGCUCGCAGCUCUAUCCGACAAGCCAGCCGAGGACAGAUAUAUCCACUCCGAAUUCGCAGCAAUCAAGGACACAGUGCUUGAGCAAGAGAAAGCAACGUUCCGCGAUCUAUUUACCAUGGACGAAAACCGACAUCUGCACCGCGUGGCACUCGCUUAUGUCAAUCAAGUGAUGCAGCAAGUGAGCGGCAUAAAUCUUAUCACGUAUUAUGCUGCCACGAUUUAUCAAAACGAGAUUGGGCUUUCGCCUUUCAUCGCCCGCAUUCUGGCGGCUUGUAACGGCACCGAGUAUUUCCUGGCAUCCUGGAUCGCAGUCUUCAUCAUCGAGAAAGUCGGACGUCGGAAGCUCAUGUUGUUUGGCGCCGUGGGCCAGUCAGCUUCAAUGAUUAUCCUUGCAGUUAUGACCAAGAUUGGAGGCCAAGGCCCCGGUAUUGUCGCCGCAAUGUUUUUGUUCAUCUUCAACACCUUCUUCGCUGUUGGUUGGCUCGGCAUGACCUGGCUGUAUCCGAGUGAGAUCGUGCCACUCAAAAUCCGCGCACCAUCUUCAGCUUUGUCUACGUCCGCCAACUGGAUUUUCAACUUUAUGGUAGUCAUGAUUACCCCUGUCAGCUUCAGCUCAAUCAAAUGGAAAACCUAUCUGGUAUUUGCCGUCAUCAACGCGGCUAUGGUCCCCGUCGUAUACUUCUUCUACCCCGAAACCGCGUACCGCUCUCUCGAGGAAAUGGACACGAUAUUCCACAAGACAAAGAAUACCUUGACGGCCGUCUGGACAGCCAAGCACGAGCCGCACCGCUAUGGCAAGCGCGGGGAAGUCUUGAUCGACUACGAGGAGACGGGCGAACACGAGCGGCGACGGAGCAGUGCGACGCGCCGAGGUAGCGUCGUCAGCGGUCGGGCCAAGACUGAAUACGCCUCCGAGAAAGGGACUACUCACCUUGAAAAUGAGUAA